GUAAACUGCCCGCCGUCGAUGGUUGUAUGUGCUGUGGCCGCGUGGUCCGAGGGAGCAGGAACCUGGGGGCCGUGGAGGGAGGGCGUGGCCCGGCCGGAGGGGAAGGCGCUGGCUCUCCUGAUCCUCGCCUGUCCAGUCUCCAUCCGUGGGCCUCAGGUUUCCCACGCAGAACGAGAGAAAGAGAUUGGGUACCCCGGAUUAAGGGUACUCGAUCUUUGAGCCCAGAAUCUUCUCUCUUCUGCAGCUCCUGGACAGACUGGCGUUGCCCAGCCCCAUGGACGCCUCCCCUGGCCCGUGGAAUCCAGCCCCGGCUUCCAUCGGCCCUUCCUUGCAACUUCCCACCCCUGCUAUCGUCUUCAUCGCGGUGGGCAUCUAUUUGUUGCUGCUGGGCCUAGUGCUGCUGACUAGGCACUGUCUGCUGGCCCAGGGCUGCUGCACAGACUGCAGCUCCCCUUGCAGGAAACAAGGUGCCUCCGAGACCCAAGACUGUUGCUGGAGCUGUGCAGAAGCCUGUGACUUCCCUCUGCCCAGUCCCACCCACUGCCUGGAUGCCUGCUGUCCUCAUCUCAGUGAAGCUGGUUGGGCCCCUCGAUGCCCUGGCUGCUGCCCACUGUGUGACUGUGCCUGUGCCUGCCAGCUCCCAGACUGCCAGAGCCUCAACUGCCUCUGUUUCGAGAUCAAGCUCAGAUGAAAGAUGGGGCUGGGGACGUUGUUCUUUGGGGAGUGGCCAGUCCCCAGGGCCCCCUCUAUGAUCCUCAGGACAUCAUUACUGGAGCUACUGCACUGGAGCUAUGGAUGGCAGGCCCAGCCUAAUUACCUGGGAACCUUGAGUUCUCUGAAAGGCAGGAUUCUGAGAGCCCUUGGACCGCUGAAAAGGGCCUGAUGCUCUGGCCAGUGCCCCUGCCUUUCUUCCUCUCCCUUCCCUGAUAAACUAUUGUAUGUGAGGGUGAGGAUGCAGGACAUUGCUCACCCAGGCAACAGUGUGGGAGGUUUCUGCCAACCUGGACUAUCAGGAUAAAGGGAUGGCCAGCCACACCCUGCCUUUAGACUCCUGGUUAUUUUAAGAGAUCCUGGACCUGAGACUGAUUUCUUGACUAAUUUCACUGUAUUUCCAAGGAAGAGGUUCCUCUAAAGACCGGAAAGCACUGCCACCGGCACCAUGCCCCACCCAUACCCAGCACUGACCCCGGAGCAGAAGAAGGAGCUGUCUGACAUCGCUCACCGCAUUGUGGCUCCGGGCAAGGGCAUCCUGGCUGCAGAUGAGUCCACCGGAAGCAUUGCCAAGCGCCUGCAGUCCAUUGGCACCGAGAACACCGAGGAGAACAGGCGCUUCUACCGCCAGCUGCUGCUGACUGCAGACGACCGUGUGAAUCCCUGCAUUGGGGGGGUGAUCCUCUUCCACGAGACACUGUACCAGAAGGCAGAUGAUGGACGUCCCUUCCCCCAAGUUAUCAAGUCCAAGGGUGGUGUUGUGGGCAUUAAGGUAGAUAAGGGUGUGGUGCCCCUGGCAGGAACCAAUGGCGAGACAACUACCCAGGGGCUGGAUGGGCUGUCUGAACGCUGUGCCCAGUAUAAGAAGGAUGGAGCCGACUUUGCCAAGUGGCGCUGUGUGCUAAAGAUUGGGGAACAUACUCCCUCGGCCCUGGCCAUCAUGGAAAAUGCCAAUGUUCUGGCCCGUUAUGCCAGCAUCUGCCAGCAGAAUGGCAUUGUACCCAUUGUGGAGCCUGAAAUUCUCCCUGAUGGGGACCAUGACUUGAAGCGCUGCCAGUAUGUUACUGAGAAGGUCCUGGCGGCUGUCUACAAGGCUCUGAGCGACCACCAUGUCUAUCUGGAAGGCACAUUGCUGAAGCCCAACAUGGUCACCCCUGGCCAUGCUUGCACCCAGAAAUUUUCCAAUGAGGAGAUUGCCAUGGCAACGGUCACAGCACUUCGUCGCACAGUGCCCCCUGCUGUCACUGGGGUCACUUUCCUGUCUGGAGGGCAGAGUGAGGAAGAGGCAUCCAUCAACCUCAAUGCUAUCAACAAGUGCCCCCUGCUGAAGCCAUGGGCCUUGACUUUCUCCUAUGGUCGAGCCCUGCAGGCCUCUGCUCUAAAGGCCUGGGGUGGGAAGAAGGAGAACCUGAAGGCAGCCCAGGAGGAGUACAUCAAGCGCGCCCUGGCCAACAGCCUCGCUUGUCAAGGAAAGUAUACCCCAAGUGGCCAGUCUGGAGCCGCAGCCAGUGAAUCUCUCUUCAUCUCUAACCAUGCCUACUAACCAGAGCUGAACUAAGGCUGCUCCAUCAACACUCCAGGCCCCUGCCUACCCACUUGCUAUUGAAGAGGGGUCUUCAGGCUCUUUCCCAUCACUCUUGCUGCUGCCCUCGUGUGCGGUGUUGUCUGUGAAUGCUAAAUCUGCCAUCCCUUCCAGCCCACUGCCAAUAAACAACUAUUUAAGGGGGA